UGGUCAAAAUAUUGGGACAUAAAUAUUAGAGACAACUAACACAAAGCUUACAGCCUUAUAUUUAAAAGCACUAUGGAAGUAGUGGAUUCUGAAUUGUCAAAAAAAAUGUCCUCUCCGAGAAUCACUUCAUUUGUUUCUCCCAGCCCUGCUUAAAGCUACACUUAUUAUACAAACUAUUACACAUGCCUAUCUGUUCUUUAACUUGUCCUUCACUUAAAAACUGGUACAAGAACCAGUUUGAAUCAAUCUGAAUUUUGGACCCCUGUGACACAAACUUUGUACCCUGAUUGUAAAACAACCCGUAUAGUUAGCUGACACCAUUAUACACUAUAUUGCCAAAAGUAUUCGCUCAUCUGCCUUGACUCACAUAUGAGCUUAAGUGACAUCCCAUUUCUAAUCCAUAGGGUUCAAUAUGACGUCGGUCCACCCUUUGCAGCUAAAACAGCUUCAACUCUUCUGGGAAGGCUGUCCACAAGCAGUACAUUUACAUGCACAUAGAGAAUCGAAUUUCUGCCGUUGCUCGACUGAAAUCGAAGUUCAAAAUGCCAUGUAUACACCUUAAUUCGGCUGAAAUUGAACCUAACUUGAUUUCUCGGAAUCGAGCUACACGACCUAGAUUAUGCGAUUUCUGCCGAGCUACUUAGUGCAUGUAUACCCUAUCGAGCUAGUAGUCGAGCUACUUACUGCCCCUUCCGGAAGUGAUGAGUGACGAGACCACAAGCGGGAAACACAACAGCCUCGGUCGGCAUGACAACAGUAGUAGCGAGCAGCAGAAGAGGUCAGGAGGAACAAACGAAGAAGAGAAAAUGGCGAUGUAGAGCUCUCUGAAGUGUGGGUGGAGCACAGAGGACGGCAGGACAAAGCUUCUGGAGUGGUUGUACUUAUGAGACCCUCACAGGCCUAGUAUGAGCGAGAAGACCAGUUCCUGUCUGUGGACUUCUGUGCCUCAGAUUUCUCCUGCACCAUGUGACCGCUGUAAGCAUGCUAUUUGUGCUUACAAUGGGAAUGUAUACCUGCUCGGAGGUAGAGGGAAGCACUCAUUAAAAGAUUUCUGGAAAUACAACGUAGUAUGUAAUAAGUGGAUUGAGUUGGACUGUGAUGAUGACAGUGCGCCUGAUGAACUGGAGGAACACAGCAUGGUGCCUUAUCAGGGUGUCCUCUACGUUUUUGGAGGCUUGAGGGAUUCAGCAUAUUCUGACUCAAAAACACCUCUCUGGUUGUUUGACACAGCUAAGGAACACUGGCUCGACAUAGAAGAGCAAAGUCUACCUUCUCAGAAUGUGGCACCAGCCAACAAAAAGGGACACAGUGCUAUUGUGUUGGGAUCCUCUAUGUUCAUUUAUGGUGGAUACAUUGACAUACGAGGGACCUCACAGGAAUUCUGGAGAUUUGACAUGGACUCUAGGUUAUGGUCACUCUUGGAUAUUGCACCUGUAGGUCCUGGACCUCGUCAUAGCCACUCUGCCAUAACCCACCAGGACUAUAUGUACCUGUAUGGUGGUCUGCAAGGUCUAAAGGAGCAGAAGGACCUGUGGAGAUGGAGCUGCCACAGUCAUACUUGGACCUGUAUCAGAACCUUCUCAGGACCUUCUAAACUAAUGGGCCAUUCAGCUGUAGCGUACAAGGACAGCAUGCUGCUCUUUGGUGGAGGAGAGACCCAGACUGCUCCGACUAACUGCCUGUGGAGUCUCAAUCUUUCCACACUAAUGUGGAAGAGGCUGCCUCCAUUAGCUGGAUCCACUGCUCCAUGCCUGAUUCACCACCGCUGUGUGGGUCUUGGCCCUAAAUUCCAGCCCAGACCACCAAAUAACACCAGCAGUAAAGGACUAUCUAUAUCAGAAAGCAAGGACAACACAUUCAGACCAUUCAAGAACAAGUGUUUCCCUUCUAGUCCUUUAACGUGUCAGCCUGAGGACAUCGAGCUACAGAAUCUGCAUGUGGGCUUCAACAGUACUAAGAUAUAUGGGAACUGCCUCACCUUUGAAAACCAAGUUGCUCAAGAGAACAGGGAUAGUGAGUACUCAGAAAAUGAAACAGAGGACACUCUGGAGGUCCCAAUGCCUGACUUGCUGCUCAUGUUGGGAGGUAAACCUCUAAAACACCAGGCUGCCAUUUCAGUGUGGCAAAUGACUCUGGGAGAUAGCUGAGAGGGAGUGAGAAGUCAUAUAGAAGCAAAUGCUACUUUCUCAGAGAGAGAGGGAAAAAAUAGCUUUGAUUGUCCUAUAUGAGGACAUACUUACAGUCAUGUGAAAAAAUAAGUACAUCCCAUGGAAAUUGUAGACGUUUCUCAACAUAUUUAAACAAGCAAACAUUUCACUCUCUCUUUGAUACAAUGCCUACAGAUAAAGCUAAUAUACUCCAACAAAUGACACAUAAAAUUGACAUUUUUUUAGUAAUUUUCAUAAUUUAAAUUUAAAAAAUCAGUCAAAAAAAGUAAGGACUCCCUGGAAAAAGUAAGUACACCCUUACAUUUAUCACACUUUCAAGUCCAUAAAAUUAGAAUCAGGUGAUCCAGAUUAGGUGUUACUGAUUUAGAACCUCCUGCAGGUGGAGGUGCAGGUGGAAUCCAUCUUAUUUAAACCCAGCAUCUAGGGUGUGGUAUUCUCUUUGCUAUUGAAGUGUGUGGUAUCAUCAUGCCAAGCUCUAAAGAACUCUCUAAGGACCUCAGAAAAUAGGUCAUGGAUGCCUAUGAAUCUGGCAAGGGAUUUAAAAAUAUCUCUAAAUUAUUAGAAAUAAACCAUUCCACUGUAACUAAAAUCAUCUACAAGUGACGUAGAUUUCAAACAACUGCCAAUUUGUCCAGGACUGGCCACCCCAGCAAAUUCAGACCAAGAGCAGACCGUUUGAUGCUUAAAAAAGUCUCCAAGAAGCCGGAAAAAGCCUUUGCCAUCCAAAAGGAAUGUUAAAGCAAGACUACAGUUUGCCACUGAACAUAUGGGCAAAAGCCAGGCCUUUUGGAAUAAUAUGCUCUGGACAGGGCGGCAUGGUGGUGUAGUGGUUAGCGCUGUCGCCUCACAGCAAGAAGGUCCAGGUUCGAGCCCCGUGGCCAGCGAGGGCCUUUCUGUGUGGAGUUUGCAUGUUCUCCCCGUGUCCGCGUGGGUUUCCUCCGGGUGCUCCGGUUUCCCCCACAGUCCAAAGACAUGCAGGUUAGGUUAACUGGCGACUCUAAAUUGACCGUAGGUGUGAAUGGUUGUCUGUGUCUAUGUGUCAGCCCUGUGAUGACCUGGCGACUUGUCCAGGGUGUACCCCGCUUUUCGCCCGUAGUCAGCUGGGAUAGGCUCCAGCUUGCCUGCGACCCUGUAGAAGGAUAAAGCGGCUAGAGAUAAUGAGAUGAGAGGCUUUGGACAGACAACUCAAAUGUGUGGCGCAGACCAAAGAUGGCUUUUCAGGAGAAGAUCCUCUUACCAACUGUGAAGCAUGGGAGUAGAAAUUUUAUGAUUUGCGGUUGCUUUGCUGCCUCAGGGACUGGGAAGCGUGCAUACAUUGAUUCAACUAUGAAUUCUGAAUCAUAUCAAAGAGUGCUUGAAGAUAAAUUGAGGCCAUCUGUUCAAAAGUUGACCAAAGGUGAACCUUUCAACAAGAUAAUGAUCCAAAGCACACAAGCAGAUCCACUAAAGAAUGGCUCAAAAAGAAGAAAUGAAGGGUUAUGGAAUGGCCUUGUCAAAGCCCAGAUUUGAACUCUAUUGAAAUGUUGUUGUGAGAUUUGAAAAGGGCAGAACAUGCACGAAAACCUUCAAACAUCUUGCAACUGAAGGAAUUUUGCAUGGAAGAGUGGUCAAAAAUUUCAGGAAGCUGAUGUCCAGGACUGGUGGACAAUUAUGCAAAAUGUCUACAGGAAGUUAUUUCUGUUAAAGGGGGCAAUAUUAGCUUCUGAAGCCAAGGGGAUACUUACUUUCUGUCCAGAAGAUGAUUACAUCUAUUGAUAUUUUUGUUGAAUAAAUGAUUGAAUGAAGGAGCUAAUUUUCCUUGUUUUAUUCAAACGUAUCACCUUUAUCUGUAGGCACUGUGUCAAAAGAGUGAAAUGUUUGCUUAUUUAAAUAUGUUGAUAUGUCUACAAUUUUCAUGGGUUGUACUUAAUUUUUCACAUGACUGUAUCAUAUCCUUGGUGCACAAGUUUUAAAUUUUUGACCCUGUAUGAAUAAAUUUGUAUAAUCAUUUCAGAAACCCCCCCCCCCCCCC